GAGGAAGGAGGAUGUUGCUUUUCGUGAUGCUAGUUUAGGCCAGGAUGCAUCAGCUACAGUGAUAUGGUGGGUGACUGUGUUUUUCAUAGCUCCGCUUCAUAGCUGAACGCCAUCAUCCCACUACUACGUUCCGAAGAAGAGAAGAUGCUUCACUCAGCUUGAUGUGACAGACACAAAAAGGAGGAGGUUGGAGGAGGAGGAGAGAAGAGGACUAUGAGAUCUGGGUACCCACGUCCUACGUCCCAAAAAUGAUGAAGACGGAGGGUAAGACCCCAGGUGGGGGGCCCAGGAGUUCUUCUCCACAUAGGAAUGCAUAUGAGGUUGGGGUGCAAACGCUACGUGGUAAUAAAGAUGGGGCACCUGAAGUGGAGUCUGAGGAAGCGCGCAAAUCAAGGUGCAAAUAUGGUUCCAAUGUUCACCGUAUCAAGAACAUGUUCCUGCAGAUGGGGACAGGUCCAGCAGGUAAUGAGAAUGACACUAGUAAGGCCAAGGAGAAGCCAUCUCGACUGACUUUGCCGCGGGCCGGCAGCCUGAAUGAAAAUGUCAACCAUAGCGCCCUCCUAAAGCUGGGGACCAGUGUUUCGGAGCGGGUAAGCCAUUUCGAUACUAAUGCAGACAGACCGACUUCCAAACUGCAGGAGGCACGGCGAGUAUUUGAGAGGAACCUCCAAGAAAAAGAGACCACCAACAGAAUCUUUCUGCGUAAGGAAAGAGGUGGGUUUCAGGACAGAAAAUUGGAUGUUGUAGUGAGGUUUGGUGGGAGCACAGAAUCACUUGACAAGCUGGACACUGAUGCUGUCUCACCCACCGUCAGUCAAUUGAGCGCAGUUUUUGAGAACGCAGACCUCCGUAAUAACAUUCACAAAGUUCCCAUCAAAGGUCCAACUGGACGUCGUACAAGAAUUUUCCAAGCAGAAGCAGCCAAGGCCGCAGAAGAAAAGAAACCUGUUGGAAAGGUAGUAGAUGCUUCUCAAAAGCCAACCUCUGUCCACGACAUAUGUAAAAUCAAACCGGUGGAGGUGGAAGAAAGUGGGGAAUCAGAGACAGAUGUGGUUAAGGAGACAGAAGCACCAAAGGAUGAGGGCACUGCCAAGGUUGCAACUGAAAAUGGAGGCUCGGAAGCCAAGGGGGUGACAGCUCGGGAAGCAGAGUUAGAGGAAGAAGUGGCAGAAGAAGACUACAAAAGGGAAGACUGGUCCGAGGUUGAGGUUAUAGAGCUAAGUGCUUAUAGUGGACUAGGGGAGGACUCAGGGGGAAGUGGUUUGGAUGAAGAUGAAGAUGGAUUUUAUGAAGCAGUUAACAGCUGUCAAGAGAUUGAGGGUCUCUCUGAAGAAGAAGAUCCUGCUCCCACACGGAAGAUACGCUUCAGCACAGGCCCAAUAAAGGUGUUUAGCACAUACUCUAAUGAAGAAUAUGACCGGCGCAAUGAUGAUGUGGAUCCUAUGGCUGCCUCAGCAGAAUAUGAGCUUGAGAAGAGGGUGGAGAGGCUGGACCUCUUUCCUGUGGAACUAGAGAAAGACUCUGAGGGUCUUGGAAUCAGUAUUAUUGGGAUGGGGGCUGGAGCAGACAUGGGUCUUGAAAAGCUUGGGAUAUUUGUCAAAACUGUGACUGAAGGUGGAGCAGCGCACCGGGAUGGAAGGAUCCAGGUAAAUGACCUCUUGGUGGAAGUUGAUGGGACAAGUUUGGUUGGAGUUACUCAAUCCUUUGCAGCUUCUGUUUUGAGGAAUACCAAGGGACAUGUGAGGUUUUUAAUUGGUCGUGAAAAACCAGGAGAACAGAGUGAAGUUGCCCAACUGAUUCAACAGACGCUGGAACAAGAGAGGUGGCAAAGGGAGAACAUGGAACAACAUUAUAAUCAGUGUAAUGAAGAUGAUGAGGAAACAGGGGAAUAUGCUACAGAUGAAGAAGAUGAAGAGAUGAGCCCUAUGUUUCCAGGAGGUGAUCUCGCAAUUGAAGUUUUUGAGUUACCUGAAGGAGAAGACGCUUUGUCCCCAGUGGAGAUGGAUCCUGAGAAACUAGUGCACAAAUUCAAAGAAUUGCAGAUAAAGCAUGCUGUUACAGAAGCUGAGAUCCAACAGCUCAAGAGGAAGUUGGCUGGACUGGAACAAGAACGUUCUCGUUGGAGGAUGGAGAAAGUUCAGCUACAACAGAGUGUCCAGGAGAACAGGGAUCGUGUAGAGAAGCUGCAGGGAUACUGGAUGGAGGCUCAGAGCUUAUGUCAGGCCGUGGAUGAGCAUCUGAAGGAGACCCAAGCCCAACACCAGGGACUAGAGCGCAAGUACAGUAAAGCCAAAAGGUUGAUCAAGGAGUACCAACAAAAGGAAGUUGACCUCUUAAAAAAAGAGGAGAUGCAGAAGCAAGCACUGGAAGAAGUGGAGAGUGCACAUGCAGCAGAGAUCAAGAAACUACAGGAGAAGGUCUCAGAAUUAGAGAAGAAGCUGGCCACCCUUCAGUGUUCCACCCCUACUUAGUUUGGAUGUAAUGGAAAAUUGGGAUUGCUGGGCAGGAGGUGAUCACCACUUGUUCACUCCUGCAGAAUUUCUGCCACCAGUGAUGGAACUGCAGCCAAUUUCCCCCUUCCCAUAGCUCAUUUACUACCCCAACAGUUAAGUUUGGGGGGAUUGAAGUACUAUUCACUGGGAUGCUGACAAGUGAUUGUCGUUCUUUGUUGAUAUCUAACUUGACAACGAUGGAUACCAGCUGUAUGUAUUGUGGCUACAGGCCUGUGUCUUCAUACCAACCAUGUAUUUAUGUGGACAACAGGACUCUGUAACAGGACUUGGGUUGUACAACUUCUCAAGAUAUUUUAUUCAGUGGUCCCAACGGCUGCACAUUGCAAUGACUGGGGUCUUUGGCCCCCUAGUGGCCUAAGCAGUGACUGCAGUCUCUCUACCUGGAUUUUGCGUGUCUCCGUGCUGUGUUUGUGCUGGUGGUCUCUGUCUAUUAACUGCCCUUGGUAUCUCAAGAACAGUAUAAACCACCCACCAUUACUCACCCCAAUCUUUUAUUUACAACCUGUGAUUCCCUGAUCGCUCUUCUCAACUGUGACUACGGCAAGUGUGUGUGUGUGACUCCUACCCAGACUGGAAGACACCAUUUUGUUUUAGAUGCAAUAUCUCAACUUAUCUACUAACAUCAUGGAGGCAUGAGGUGCAGGUUGUCUGAUUCUUUUUAAUGUGGUUCGUUUUUAGCAGGUUGGUAGAUAAGAUUUGCAUAUAUUUUGGUUCAGACCAAAAAAUGGAUGGUUCUUUAGUUGUGCAGAUACAUAUACUCAAACAUAAGUUGGAUAGCCGAGUAUCCGUGCAAGCGGCUACAGCACGCACUCAAUUGUAAUGUGCAUGUAUGCAAUGAGGUAAAGGUCUAUAUAUCAGGAUAAAUACAUUAGAUUUGUUUUGCUAUAUGCCCUACUUCUGAAAUAUGUGCAUAUUAUAAUAUAUCCUAAAUUUCACAAAUUAUUUUUGGAUGACACCUAAUACCAGGAGGUGUGUGCACGACUGGAUUGUGCGUUCCACAGAGCGGCGACCGUGGAGGGGUUGUAUGCGUGUUGUGUGUGUAUACAGUCAGAUGUAUAUACAGUAUACAUCAAUAUACACAAGUGUGCCAGCUUGUCACAUCCCAGCUGUAUAUAGCUUUGUAUAACUGUGAGUCUAUCUCUGCCGGGUCUUGAAAUCUCUGAAUCUGUAACCGCACAUGCAGACAUCAUGCAGUGCUAGUUAUGAAAAGCCACUAUUUCUAGCAAGGAAGCUGCCGGCAGCCAUGUUUGUAACUGGUUAACCUUUCCUGUUACAGUUGAUGAAGGAAGAGCCUGAUGGCACUGGGUUGGCGUUCAGACUGGUCCUUGAAGAGAAGGGGUUAUUUGUAUAUUUUGAACAAUGGAUGCAUGGGUGAUAAAGAGCCGCCACUAGGGGGAGCGAGUGAGUAAGGAGGUUGAGUGACACUGUGCCAAAUUACUAUCUGUCUAUUUAUUGGUCUGUAACUGAGGAAACAAAAAGAAAGAAUGAAGGAUGUACAUACCAGGGGAACUCAUUGUGGGGAGAAGGACAUGGAAGUGUUUUGGGGAUUAUGGAAUGGAUUAAAAAGGACGUUUGUCAUUAAACAGACUCAAAUAAU